AUGGAACUCGAUACACGCCCUGCAAGAAACGAGCUCUUCCAAGCGCUCAAGCCUCGAUGUGUCGAAUUAAGUCAGAUGGCUCUACGUGACGACGGUAGUAGCAGCAGCAAUAAAGCUCUGAUACAUUCCACCACUCAACUCUUUGCCCUUCUCCAACAAAAAUGUCGGCGGACGGAUGGCGUUUUCGACGAGAAGCUGGCCGACUAUACCUUUUUCCCUAUCUCGCAGAUUCUCAAAAGGAAACAGACGUAUACUGACCCACUGUCUGAAUUGGCGAUCAAGAGCUUGAGGAUAUUGUUAGAAUAUGGGUGGAAGAGUGGAAUAGCUCUGGAUCUUGCUAAGCAGCUCUUGAUGUUGCUCACCUUUGUUGCCGGCGGAGUUCCCGGAAAAGAGUCUAAACCUGCACCGGAAGAGCUUCUGGUUGAAGCAUACGGGGCCCUCGCCGCUCUUUUCAGAGACCUGGCAAACACGUCUGGGGGCUCAGCCUCCUUAAUCGAUGAGGGAACCAUUCCAGCCCUCGGAUAUUGCGUGACAGUGGUUCUGAAGGGAGCAACCGAUGGACCGUCAGCAGAAGCCCAACUUGAAGCCUUGCAAACCCUUGAUGCAAUAUGGAGCUGCAUAAAAAAUGCACAGGCACUUUCCAUCUUUCUCCCUGGCACAAUUUCAGCGCUGACCAAGUGUUUGUUGCCGAGCACUGGCGCACGCAGGUCACGAAAGGUAAUUGUCAAGGGUCUGGGUAUUUUCCAAUAUGUUCUCAUCUCGUUGUUGAGCGAUAUACGUACCCGAAGCAUUCGGACUCAAAACAAGGCUGCGAGUAGCAACGACGCAAGCGAACAGCAAGUUCUAACUAGUUCCUGGCUCAAGGCAACCUCCAGUCAAAUUAAACUAGCACUUUCGAAUGUCAUCAGACUCAGGAACCAUGAGUCUGUAGAAAUUCGGAAAGCUUUGAACAGACUAUGCAUCACUAUCUUGGACGAGUGUCAUGACACAUUGGCUGAAUCAGCGCCUAUGCUCGUAGAGACUUGCAUGGUUCUGGCUGGGGUCGACGACGACGAGGAGCUUGUGGACAGAACAACAUCGGUCGUAGAUAUCUCCUCGAUCCAUCUUGAUUUGGGUGAUUUGAUUAAGAGUACGAUCUACAACUGGGUAACGAGUUUGCCCAGAGUUAUGCAAUCAAAUGACGAGACUGGAAAGCUUUCUGCAUUGGGAAAUCUAUCGAAAGGCCAUCUACUCCUCGAGGGGUUGAACCUCGAAUCUCCUCUCCUUCAUGAUGCUCUACGCGAUUCUCUACGAGACAGUGUCACUGUCACGCUUGAGACUUUACCCGCAAGGAAGCCUCUGAAGGAUUCAGAAUUUGACCUGAAUAGUCAAGCUGCUCUGACCUUGGCGGCAGAGAACACUCUGACCACUCGCUUCAGCCCGGUUUUAAUGGCAAGGGAGAGCCAGAAGGAGACUCGGAAACAAUUCGCAAGCUUAUUGGAUAGUCUUGGGUCUAGAGAGUGCCAAAUAAGAAUGGCUAGCGAUAUGCUUGAAUAUGCACGCGGCGCCUCUGGGUCAAGUAUUCUUUCCUCAUUCUGGCUAUCAUCUCAGAUCCUGAGAUCUGCAUCCUCGAAGAACAAAGAUUUCGAUGAGUAUUUUGAAUCGUCUCUGACUCUCUCUGACGCCCAAGACGUGGUUGGCCAGGAAUUAUUUUCCUAUUCGAUGUCUCUUCUUGGAAGCGAGAAUGAGGCCACUCAGGACUGGCGCAUGCAAGCCACUGCUCUCGAGGUCGUUGCUGAUACAGCUCAGCUUUUGAAGCAGGACUUUCGAACGGAAUUGGUUGACACACUCUACCCCGUCGCGCAGCUGCUGGGUUCCCCCAACCCCAACUUGAGGGAGCACGCUAUCACCUGUCUAAACAUCAUAUCAAAAGCUUGCGGAUAUGCCAAUGCCAGCGAGCUAAUUAUCGAAAAUGCGGAUUACAUGGUCAAUGCUAUCUCGCUGAGAUUGGACACCUUUGAUACCUCACCACAAGCGCCACAAGUUCUAGUCAUGAUGAUUCGUCUUGUGGGACCUUCCUUACUUCUGUACCUAGAUGAUGUAGUUGGGUCGAUAUUUGCAGCCCUUGACAAUUUCCAUGGGUAUCACCGCCUUGUCGAGGCCUUGUUUACUGUCUUGGGGGAGAUUGUCUCGGUGGGAUCCGAAUCAAACCAGCUGCGGAUUACGAAUGGCCCUUCGAUUUCUCACCGUAAGGCCAAACCCCAAUGUUCUUCAAUAGAAGAAAUCGCAAAUAUGAUCGCAAUGAAACCACCCAGGCCGGAAAGAGAAUCACUUUCACAGGAAAAGGCACCGUAUACAUCUUGGAAAUCCGCAAAAGAACUCCUGGACGAGGCAGAUGCCCCUCCACCAGACGAAGAAGAUAACGGAAUUGCGACAAGCGAGAUCGCAAAAGUACCUUCGACAAAAACGUACACGAUGCUCCAUUCCAUCGCCCGCUUAUCUCAACACUACCUCACGAAUGCCUCUCCCGUGUUGCGCGCUAAGCUACUUGGACUUAUCAGCACCUCCUCUACUGCACUCUACAAAGAUGAGGAUAGCUUUCUCCCUCUUGUGAAUGACAUUUGGCCCGUUGUCGUCAAAAGGCUCCACGAUGACGAGUCAUUUGUGGUCAUUGCCGCUGCAAAUGCCGUUGCCGAGAUAUGUCGUUCCGCUGGAGACUUCUUGAGCACACGAAUUUCUGUGGAGUGGAUUGAGCUUAUGAAGUUAGCCGCACAGUCCAAAGCAAGAUUUGCGGCAGAGAAGAGAGGGGAAGGCGGAAGGGGGAAAUAUUCACAGGCUAGUCAGGUUUGGGAGGCUGUGAUUGAUUUGUUGACUGCGAUUGCAGGAUAUGUGAGGAUCGAUGAUGGGAUGUUUGAUGAGCUACUCGAACAAUUUGGAGACCUGGUUUGGCAGAGAGAUGAGCUGAGGGAUGCUUUAGAGGCUGUGAACAGCGACGCUGUCUGGUUGAUUUUGCAGGAUCGGAGACAGGACAGGAGGCUUGAUCGGCCCGUCAUGGAGGGUUUUACAUUUGCCACCGUAGAGACUGCAGUCUUGGCAUAA